UCUUGCGCAAGUCAAUGCGGAAGUUUACCUUGACAAAACCAACCUUGCAAAACACGACAAGCUAAAUUAAGAUUUAGACGUGACACCCGUUAGUCAUGGGACUGUUCGGCAAGACCCCAGAGAAAUCACCAAAGGAGCUGGUUCAGGAAUGGAAUGGUAAACUGAGAAAAGAAGGACACAACAUUGAUAGAAGUAUAAAGAGUAUACAAAGGGAAGAGGCAAAAGUCACUCGGGAGAUCAAGAACUUGGCAAAGAAAGGCGAUAAAGAUGCCAUCAAGAUUCUGGCAAAAGAAGUUGUGAGGUCACGGAAGGCUGUCAAUCGUCUUUAUGCCUCAAAAGCUCAGCUCAACUCUGUCUCCAUGCAAUUAAAGAACCAAGCAGCUAUGGUGAGGAUGACCGGGGCCCUACAGAAGAGUGGCGAGGUAUUGAAGGGCAUGCAGGAGCUCGUCAAGGUGGCCGACAUCAGUAACACCAUGAGAGAGAUGUCCAAGGAGAUGAUGAAGGCGGGUAUCAUGGAGGAAAUGAUGGAGGAUGCCUUUGAAAGCAUGGAUGACCAAGAUGAGUUGGAAGAGGAGGCUGAUAAUGAAGUUGAGAAAGUCCUCUUUGAAUUGACAGCAGGUACGCUGGGUAAAGCUCCGGAAGCUGUGAAUGACUCACUUCCAGUGGAUGAAGAUGACAAGAAAAUGGAGGCUGCGGCCAAUUACUCCAGUGAUGAGGAGGAAGAUCUCAAGGGUCGACUGGAAGCUUUGCGAAGCUGAUUGCAUCCAUAGAUAUUUUCAUAUAAUCAUCAUCAAUCAUUGUCAUUUGUGAGCUUGAAAGUGCUGGACACUAAAUUUGGUGCAAUAGAAAUUCUGAGCAUACUCAGAACAUCGCCAUAAUUUAGUGACUCUCACAUGAUCUAGGUUUUAUGAUAGGUUUAAUCAUUUCUUUUCUAAAUAUAAUAUAAAGUCUUGGAUUAAAAAUUAUCUUUUAAAAUAUUUUUGAACCUAUGUCCAUGACAUAAACAAUAAUCUAUUUAUAAGUGUUUUUUUAUGUUUAUGUCUUUUUCUAGUCGGAGAUAUGUGGCUGCCUUAGUCACAGGGUGCAUAUAGUCUUUAAAAAGAGGUCAGUGAAUUCUGCUAUGUGGCCUUGAAUACUGGCCUGUCACAGUCAGCGUCCUUGAAUAUGUGAUUCAUUGAUUCAUAUAUGUAGUGAUUUGAGAAAAAUUGAUGUUCAAUCUGAAUUGGAACAGUAAUUCAUUGUUUAAAUAUUGAGUCUGUGAAUUUUACAGGCGGAUUCUCAAAGGAGACUUAUAUUUUGUUUCUCGGAACUUUUACACCCCAAGAAAUUGGAUAGAGCAACAUUGUGUUAUGCUGUAUUAAAUUCCAUUAAAAAAAGCUCUUGCUUUCUAGAUCUUUUACAAGGCAAUGCGAUCCCCUUGUAUUAGAAUUGCCCUGUUCUAUAUGCACCCCUGAGAUCAAAGAUUAGUACUGAAGAUGGAAAAUUAUUUAAUAGAGUUUAUAUGAACAAAUUCAUAAAACAAACACGGUACAUUUAAUACUAAGUGAGAAUCCAAAGAUUUUUUCCAUUUUUUGGUCGUUAACUUUUUUUUUUUAUCUGAUAAAUAUGAUUUACACAAUUUCUUAAUUUAUGGUAUGAAUGUGUGUGAAAGUGAUGUGUGUAUACGAGUUCAUCAUUGUAAAUAUGUGUAUCAAUUUGUAGCUGAACAAGAGGUGCCUGUUAUACGUUCAAAUAAUAUAUAUAAGUUUAUACUUCUCCUGAGUGUCAGAGUUAUUCUCUAGAGUAUCCAAGGUUUCUUCUCCAGGGUAUCAUGGGUUACUUCACUUGAGUACCCAGGGAAACCCACAUGGUGUGGGCUGGUGAUCACAUACCUUUUCACACCCUAUAAAAUCUGGGCAUGGAACUCCAGUCAUCUUAGAAAUUGAGAUUGUAUGUGGAUUUAUUCUGUGAAGCAGGAUCUAGGGGAAAUGGAGUCCUUGAUUGUGAUGCCAGGCAUUCAGAAAUUGCAUCUCUGUAUCACAUUUGUACAUAUACCUUUUAGAAUGUCCACGCUUUGUAUAUAUACAUAGGAAUGUAGGUUAUUUAGUGUCAUAUUUAUCCUGUACCAGUAAUUAGCCCUGGGAGCCACCACCCAAUGUCUGACUGAAAGUAGGGGGUUUCUACCAGACAGAGGUAGCAUUUAUUGGAAAUUCUACAGAACACCCAAUAUAGUUACAUUGGUCGGCUUAAUUCUAGGCAUGGGGUUAUUGUUGAAGAGAUGGUUUAUGAAAUCCUCAAUUAAAAUUUUAAUACACAAUAAAGAUGUACUGAACAUUGUUUCUUGGACUCAAGAUUUGAUUUUUUGUUGUGUAUAUCAAUUGCUAUCCAGUCUACAGUAAUGAAACGUCUUACAGUUUAAAGUGUGAUAUGAAUGUGUGGUGAGAGGAGGAUUGUGUAAAAACCUGGAAGUCUCCCCCAGACUUUUGUCAAGUGUAAUUUGUUUUGUGUUUUACAACAUCAUAUCCUGGUGACGACACAGUGAUGUCAACACAGUGAUGUCAUGAUGUCUCUUGUUGGGCAUUUAAUACUGCUUUUUGUUAAGAAGUUCUGAUCAGACCACCAAUAUGUCAUUAUGACAGGUACAGAAACAGUAUAUUUUAUUAUUGUGACAUAUUUUUACUAAAAUCUAUUGUUAAAUUUAUAAUUAUUAAGUCUUUGUUCGCCUGUCUGAACGAAAAAUGAAUUAUGCGAUGUGUAGUAUUCAUCUCGCAUCAGUUUUCUUCGUCAUUGCUAUCUCAGCUCCAAGACGCUACAUGAUGUUUGGCCUGUGAAAAACUGAAAGUUUAUUUUUCAAUACUGGGAUGAAUGGCUGUCAACUUUGUUCAAAUAAAUGACCUUGACUUGACCCACUUUAAAGAUCACACUUCAAAUAUGCUAGAAACUUUACGCAAGUUCUUCUGAAUAAACAAGAGGCCCCAGAUCAAUGUAUUGCAGGGACUGAGGGCUAUCAACAGAAUGACCUUUACCAGCUUUCAAGGUCACAUGGAUCAAAUUUGAUAUACUAUUAAGAUAGAUUCUGAAAACUAAGAGGUCGGGGGGGGGGGGGGGGGGGGGUAAUGAUAUAUAGCAAUUCACACUGGUAUGAAGGUGUAUCAAUUUUUCAAUCCAAAUAUUUCAUUGAUUAAUGUUAUGUAAAACAAUAAAGCCCUAUUGGGGUUCUUAUUUUCGGACUGCUAUUAAUUUGACUAAAGUAUUUAGUUUCCUCGGUUUAGCAUGAAUUGAUAUUAAUAUUAUUUUGUUAACAAUACAGGCCCAUUGGGAUUCUUAUUUUCAGAUUUCUAUUAAUUCUUUGACUAAAGUAUUUAGUUUCCCCAGUUUAGCAUGAAUUGAUAUUAAUAUUAUUUUGUUAACUGAAUUCUAUUGUUACUGAGCAUUUAGUUGGGCAAUUUCUACAUUUAUUACUGUAGAUUUCGAUGUUAGUGAUUACUGACUGUAUCAUGACACAAUGUACAUAGAUAAUACAUUAUAAUGAUAUAAAUAAAUUUUUAUGUAGACUAA